UUGGUACUUGUUUAUAUUUUUGAAAUAUGAAAAUUGUUGUUGACGUUAAAUGGAUGGCUGCUAUCGCAUAAUUAUUAAUUAAAUUGGAAAACCAGGUGUAUUUGUUCAUUCCGUAAUGAGCGGUACUACCCUUCGUGGCGUUUUUCCAGAACCAAAGCCCGUCCACAAGAAAAAUUUUAUUAAGGAAAAUAUGCGACACAUUAAGGAAAUGCAAGGAUUAUUGCCCGAAUCAGGUACAGACACUAAGCCUUUACGUGAUAGGCAAAAACCGAAACCAAUCAAGGAUGUAGCGAGACAAAGCAGCGUUAACAAAUCACAAAGUGCACUUAAUCACAUUCCUUUGAGAUCGAGAGUACAAAAAACAGAAACAAAGAAGAUCGAAACUUAUGUACCAAAACUUCAUUUAGAGAAGAAUAGAGGGGAACCGUUGAAUAUUAAACCUCAUCUACCUCCAGCUCCAUUACAUUCGACUGAAAAGUACUUACAUAGAGCUGUGCAAACUGAUAACCAAGAAGAUAUACAACGGCUAUACAAAAACGGAAUAAUCCGCUACCCAAGUCCGUCCGUUGUUAAUGCCUUAGGUAAGAGACUGAGCAGCAAUCAAGAUCGCGGUGAUGGCAGCCCAAUGCCCCAAAAUGUAGACGAAUUAGAUGAUAACAUGCAUUUGUUAGAUAUAAAUAACAAAAAUUAUAUUAAAGAAAACAUUUUGGCUUUAAAAAACCGUACCAAGAAUGAGAAAGAGGAGGUAAAACUGUCAAGUCACCAAAAAGGAGUCUUACCAAAAUAUUUGCGAGAUCGCAAAGAAGAAUUGACUAAGCAAUGUGAAUUGGAACCAGACUGUCCUGACGGCCAUGUCUUGCUUCCCGACGAAGAACGCAAGGAAACCCUACGAGUGUUGCGACAAAGUUACGCCGAUCGAAUCCAAGAACUCAACUCUAUGCCCGUCAGAAGUGACACUUUGCGAAUGCGCAGACGUAAAAUGGAACUGGAGGAAGAGCUAAAGAAGAUUGACGAGGGCAUCAAAGUUUUUCAACGACCGAAGGUGUUUGUAAAGGUCGAUGCGUGACAUCCGGCCGAAGAGCUUUACAAAAUGCUAAAACUAUCGUGAUAUACAGUGUUGAGUAUUUUGAAUACUGCACAUACAUAAAAUUUAUUUAUUGUUAUAUUAACUUCAAUAAAAUCUUAGGACUAA